AUGAAUGGUUUAAGUGAAUGUCGUUUCUUUCACCGUACAUUUACUUUCGAUGAUCUUUCAAAACAAGCCCCGUGUAAAACUCUAAAAUUCAAACGUGCCUUUCAAUUUCUUCAAAUUCUUCUUCUUCAACGUGUUUACGGUAUCGAUGUGAUUACAUGUUCGUCAAACCGGCGAACAUUGCCGAAACAACAUCGAUGUCAGUUCGACGUUUUCCUCGGUGGUUCAUGUAAUCCAACAACAUGGAGAUAUGAACAAGCAAUUCCAUAUUUUCAAUCACAUUCGAUUUCAUACUAUAAUCCCCAAGUGCCCAAUUGGACACCGGAUUUAGUGGAAAUUGAGUAUCGUGCAAAGGAAGAUGCUCCAGUUCUAUUCUUCGUCAUUGAUCACAGUACGAGAUCAUUAGCAGCGAUAGCAGAAGUAUCUUACUUAGCAGCACGUGGUCGGAAUAUCAUUGUUGUUAUGAAUGGUAUGUCGAAUGAUCGAACUCAAGUGAAAUUUAUCCGAGAGAAAACGAACUCGAAUGAAAUCGAUGAUGAAAAUGAUUACAGAAAUGCUUGUGAAGCAAGAAGAAUUCUAAGAAGAUUAUUACAGAAUAUGAAUGUGCCGAUUUUCGAUAAUCUCACCGUAGCAUUAGAAUGUGCAACAUUUUUUCUGGAGAAUUCAAAUCAAACUGUGAUAGUUCAAGAAAAAUCUACACAAAGAUACGAAAAUAAAGGUUGCUGUACAGGUGAUGACACAUCUGAUGAUUUUUAUCAGCAAGUAACUGAAUCGGAAAUGACGUCAUCGUCACCAAUAUCUUCCUCUCGACGUCAUAGUUCAAGCAACGGUUAUGUUUCACCGAUUUUUAGUCCAUGCAUACAUUCAACUCAUUUCACAACCGGUGUACAAUUUCGUCGACUAUCUACUUCGACGAAAACACAGAUAUCUUGUUCAACAAAUGAGAGUGAGGAUGACGGUUAUGGUUCACUAGGGUCAAGUUAUCGGACUUUAUCUCAGUCUUCAUCGGUAUCAGUCUAUUCUGAUGUUUAUGACAACUCAUUUGACGAAAAUAUGUCUUCAAGAUUUUAUCUCGCUAUUUCUAUUUUGAAUCACAUCUUCUUAACUGUUUUCUUACACAUUUCAUUACCUACACCUUCGUUGACACAGAGUUCGUCGUUAAUUCAACCAAUAUCUUUCCUUUACAAACGUCUAAAGUCCACAUUCAUUCCUCCUCCUCCUUCUCCUCCUACGCAUCCCGUCGCACCGACGUCAUCAUGUGAAAACGUUCCACUCUUCGACCUGUACAUAGCAGCAGGCGAGCAUGAUCAAUAUUGGUUGAAAACCUUCGUAGUUCCGCUUCUUGAUGAGCUUAAUCUCAAGUAUAUUCAAGAACAGCAUUCGUAUGAACACGACGAACUCGACAAUCUCUACGAUAGUUACAUUCGAAAGCGAUCACGGUUGUUGUUCUACAUCAUAAAUGAUCAAGAACGUCUUUCACAUCUGGCAACUGAACUCGCAUUCCUGAUGGGUCAACGUCAGUAUCGCAUCAUUAUUUGUUUGCAACGAACAAUUAACGAAAACUGCGAGAAAAUUCGAAGCAAAACCGAACGACAGGAUAUCGCGCGUUCGAGAAAGUAUCUAGAAGACAUAGCAAAGAAAGAAAAUAUUCUCGUGUGUCAAUCGCGUGAACAAAGUUGGCAGCAUGUUUUAGCUUUUCUUUUACAAAAUAGCAGCUAA